AUGGCCGCCACUGUCAACAGCAGAGAUGGCUGCCACUGUCAACAGCAGAGAUGGCCGCCACUGUCAACAACAGAGAUGGCCGCCACUGUCAACAGCAGAGAUGGCCGCCACUGUCAACAGCAGAGAUGGCCGCCACUGUCAACAACAGAGAUGGCGCCACUGUCAACAGCAGAGAUGGCUGCCACUGUCAACAACAGAGAUGGCCGCCACUGUCAACAGCAGAGAUGGCCGCCACUGUCAAACGAUGGCGCCUGUCAACAACAGGAUGGCCGCCACUGUCAACAACAGAGAUGGCCGCCACUGUCAACAACAGAGAUGGCGCCACUGUCAACAACAGAGAUGGCCGCCACUGUCAACAACAGAGAUGGCCGCCACUGUCAACAGCAGAGAUGGCUGCCACUGUCAACAGCAGAGAUGGCCGCCACUGUCAACAACAGAGAUGGCCGCCACUGUCAACAGCAGAGAUGGCCGCCACUGUCAACAACAGAGAUGGCCACUGUCAACAACAGAGAUGGCCGCCACUGUCAACAGCAGAGAUGGCUGCCUGUCAACAACAGGAUGGCCGCCACUGUCAACAGCAGAGAUGGCCGCCACUGUCAACAACAGAGAUGGCCGCCACUGUCAACAGAGAUGGCCGCCACUGUCAACAACAGAGAUGGCCGCCACUCAAUAAAAGAUGGCCGCCACUGUCAACAACAGAGAUGGCCGCCACUGUCAACAGCAGAGAUGGCCGCCACUGUCAACAACAGAGAUGGCCGCACUGUCAACAACAGAGAUGGCCGCCACUGUCAACAACAGAGAUGGCCGCCACUGUCAACAGCAGAGAUGGCCGCCAUGUCAACAAGAGAUGGCCGCCACUCAAUAAAAAAGAUGGCCGCCACUGUCAACAACAAAGACGGCUGCCACUACCAACAAAAAAUAUGGCCGCCACUGUCGACAACAAAGAUGUCGCCUGUCAACAACAAGAUGGCCGCCACUGUCAACAACAGAGAUGGCCGCCACUGUCAACAACAGAGAUGGCCGCCACUGUCAACAGCAGAGAUGGCCGCCACUGUCAACAGCAGAGAUGGCCGCCACUGUCACAACAACAGAGAUGGCCGCCACUCAAUAAAGAUGGCCGCCACUGUCGACAACAAAGAUGUCCGCUACUGUCAACAACAAAGAUGGCCACCACUGUCAACAACAAAGAUGGCCGCUACUGUCAACAACAAAGAUGGCCGCCGACACAUAAUAUUCACACUGGUGGUCCUCAGAGUUCAUUUUUGA